UUCUUGAAUUUCGCCGGAAAUGGACGCCUGGCGGCAAUGGUGGAGUCACAGCCUACGCUCGUCCACGAUUGGAGGGGCAAUAUGGACAGGACGGGAUAUGAAGAUGGAUCAACAGGGACGUUCCGCGCUGUAGUAAAUGUUCUUCUGUGAGGAUCCCCUAUCGUAUCUUGCAGAUCUUUACAGCGUUCACUUAGUCUCCAAGAUAGCUCGCCAUGACAUACUCCUACUACAACUUCGGAAUUGAGAUCGAGACCGUCGUUCGACCAUAUGCUCGUCGGCCGAAUUUCACUCGCCAGGAUUGGUACAAGCACUUGGCUCAGAAGCUCGAGAAUCGAAAUGUCCCAGCUGCACCAGACCUGAGUCUCCGAUACUCUGCACAUCCAGAGUACUACAGCAGUAAAUGGUUCAUCACUAAAGAUGGCUCUCUACAGGGAGCUCACGAAGAUUUCGUAUGCAUGGAGAUCGUAUCCCCCGUCUUGCAGACAAACGGCAAGAUCACAUCAGUUCUCGCCGAGUUCUGGGAGGCCAUGAGCGUGGGCUUCGAAGUGCAACAGGAGAAGACCUGCGGCGGGCACGUCCACGUCACGCCGACCAACGCCCAAAAGCGCUUCUCCAUGGCCGAACUCAAGAGCGUGGCCUUCGCGGCCGUGGUGUUCGAAGACGCAGUGCACUCGAUCUUGCCCUUCACCCGGAGGCAGAAUCGGUACUGCGUGAUGAACUCGAAGUCCGGCGGUGGUGGACUGAGUCAAGCCUGCGAAGGUGGUAUUUCGAUGUCUUUGCUGCGAACGGUGCGGCAGAGGUUGAACAAUAUCUCGACACCGGAGGCUUUGUAUUCGUUCAUGCAAGCUAACCGAUAUGUGCUGUGGAACUUCAAGAAUAUUGUUGGUGAAGGCUGCUCGAAUACACUGGAGUUCCGAGGAGGCAGUCAGUUCCGUAACACUGCUACGACUAUGAAGUGGGUGGCAUUUGUGAUAGCGUUUAUUGGUCUUGCAUUGAAAGAGAAACUUGUAGAAGGGACCGAUUUCACCCACAUCUCGCCUACAGCUCCUGACUUCGAUGCACAGAUGCGGACAUGGUGGAACAAGAUUAGACAAUCCGCUCUACGCGUCAAGCUUAGGAGGUUCCUUCCAGAAGACUGGCGCCAGAUGCGUGUUGGAUAGAGAAACCGG